AUGGUUACUCUUUGUAGCCCGGACCAGGCCCUGCUGGAUAGUGCCGAGGCUGCUCUUCGUCCUUCCCUGCAAGUCUACCGCUCCCUCCUAGCUGAGCCCAGUGUGGUGCCAGGGGCUAGGGCCUCUGAGGUGGGCUUGGCCACAGGGCUGACCCAGGAUGGGUUAACCCUAGUGGGCAUGGAGCAGCUGGCCGUCCAUGCCUUCACCCAGGCCCUGCUGGAGCCAGUCAAAGCCUUGGGGGAGAAAGCAGGGACCCUUGCGGAUCUGGCCAUUCUGAGAGGGUACGGAGGGUGA